CACAAUCGGCUCAUAAGAGUUGAUUUUCUUUUCAUUCGAGUAUUUAGUUUUACUGAUCGAAUGUUUGAAGAAGCGGGUUUAUUUUCCCUGGGGAACACGGGAAGAAAAAAAAAAUCAGCCCGGCUAAUAUAAUCUAUCCGAUCCAAACUUUGAUAACUGAAUUCAAAAUAUAAAUAUUUUCAUUUCUCAGACACAAUUUGAAAAKAUUUUCUUCAUCUUAAAUCAGUUUCAAAAUUAUUGCUACAAAAUUCCUGAAAUUUGCUAAGAAAUCAAAAUGCCAUUUCAUAAUCAUUAAAAUAGUUGAAAAAUUAGUGUAAAACAAUAGGCUAGAUUAGAUUGUUCUUAUAUUCACUCGGUCGAAGUCAGUCCCACCAGUCAAGUCACCAAAUAUGGCAUACUGGUAAUUACUACGGUUCAUGAACAGUGACAUCAUUACAUCAUCAGUCACGCCUCCUCAUCAAGAAACCAUGGUCUGACUUGAAACUAGCUAUGCGAUCGUUGACCAGGAUAAAAAUGGCRUUAAGGAUUUCAGGAAAGAGAAAAUCCCUCUCUGCAGCCUUUCUGAGUCUUAUAAUCCUCAAGAGCUUUUUGUUUAUUCUACAAUAUUACAACGAGAARAUUUACAGAGAGACUUUAAUACGGAGACCCGUAAAAAGAACAACAAGAGACGAGUUGUCAUUACAAACUAUUCCAGCUCARUCRAUGCAAGAUUUUAAUAGAUCAGACUUUCCACCACAUAUGAAGAAAAAAUUAAUUCUUUACUGGUCUGGUGUUAGAGGACAUAAAGUCCCCGUUCAAAAAUCUGGAGUCAACCAUACGCAUUUCUGGCCGUUUUUCUACGCUGGGAAAUCAAAAGACUGUCCGGUYCCAUGUGAGCUAUCGAGCGAUCCAAAGCGAGCGCCCGARGCKAGCGCUUUCGUCGUUCACGCUAGAGAACCAGAUAUAAGGAAUUUACCGCCGUUGGAACAUCUAGCGCCUUGGAUCCUUCAAACCAAUGAGAAUCCRGUGUACACUCCUUCGUUAUCCAACCGGCGUAUCAUGUCAAAGUUUAAUCUUUUAAUCAGCUAUAGAUUGGACUCUGAUUUUCCUGCACCUAUAUACCCUAUGCCUGGGCUAGCRCCGCCUGUGCCGUUUGAUAAAAGACUUGGUGAUAUUUUAGCUGUGUUUUCGAAAUGYGAACCAGURAGAACUGAAUAYAUGCGACAACUGAUGAAGCAUAUUCAAGUCGAUUCCUAUGGCUACUGCUUGAAGAAUAAGGACGGAUUAAUAGGCUUAUACGGUAAAGUUAAAAACAGAUAUGUCUUUAAGGAACAUAAGCUGGUUCUUUCAAGGUACUACAAGUUCUCUUUAGUGUUUAUGAACCAAGACUGUGACUAUUUCGUCGAUGAUCGUCUGUAUCAUGCCCUGACUUCCGGUUCGGUACCAGUCUACAUGGGCACGGACAAAAUCGAUGAAUUUUUACCGGGAAAUUUAAAAAACUCCAUCAUAAAAGUCCGGGAUUUUGAAAGCCCUAAACAUUUAGCMGAAUAUUUGAAAUAUCUYCUUAAAAACGAAACUGCUUAUAAUAAAUACCUAGAAUGGAAAUGGAAGGGAUUGGGAGAUAUAAGCAGCUCUGUGAUUGGUCGCUGGUGGAAGCCUAGAUACCCUUUAUUUUGCCAGGUGUGUAUGUCGCUGGUCAAAGGRAAGUUGCAUCACGGGCUCAAGGUUGAUAAAUGUAAGCCRAGGACUUAUGAGGACUGGAACCUUGAAGAUCCAAACGCUGUAUAUUUUGAUUUUUAUACUUUGGGAAUAUAUUUUGGGUUUGCCCUGGUGGCAUUAUGGGUWAUGCUGACAUAAAAAUGCAUUUUUGAUAUUCUUUGGUAUUCGUCGCUUGCAUUGCUACAAGACGAAAUUUAGGUAUCGAUAACUCGCGAGGCACAGUUUGCGAUAGACUGCCGUCAAACAGCAACGAAGACUACUAGUUUAUUGACUAGGUGAAAAAGCCACUGGUUUUGAUUACUGACAAAAAAUUAUGGGAAUGGUUAUAGUCGCAUUGUAAACAUGAAUAAUGCCAUAAACUUUAUACCAUAAACAUUAUAAACGAGAAAAGGUUUCAUGUCUUUAAAGGCUCUUUACCAACCGGUGUUCAAUGCGGUCGUGGUCUGAGAUUUUCAUAAAUGAAAUGUGACUCAUAAUACUGAAUACUCGUUCGCAACUCCUUUUUCACAGGGAUUACUAUUCAUUUAUAAAGAGAUUGCUUGUUUUACGGUUUAUUUUCAUUCAAGGUCUACUAGACACUUAUUUAUACAAUCAAUCCCGUUACAGUCAAAAGACUUUAAGCGCGCUCCCUCAAAACUCCAUUAUUCAAUUCAUGAUUCGAUUCUUGGUCGAUUCAACAUUACAUGAUUGAAAUCAAUUGAAUUCAAACUUCGAAAUUUGAUCGGACUUUCAUAUACAGGCUUAUUCGUAUUUCGCUUGUAAACAUGCUGGUCUUUUGUAAUUUCCACAAGUCGAUGCAUUGCAAUAUGCUGUCUGUUAAUUUGGCGGGAUCUGUUCCUUCUCGUGAGAAAGGAAUGACGGUCUCAAAAAACUGGAAAUGCUGUGUUGUUUUUUAUUAUUAUCAGAGUUCAGGAUCUGAAUUUACUUUUGCAUUAAUCAACUGAAGUUUGAAAACGAAAAAAUAAAUGAAAAAUUAAAUAAUGAAUUGAAUA